CUAUCAACUACAUUCUAAUAAGUGGCACUUACAGAUUGCACACGGAGACAAUUCAAGAUUGGCAAAGGUGAGAAAAAGAUAUUUCAUUCUGAAAAAAGUAAUGCUGGCAUUUUUUUUCAUUUCUUUGAGUGCGAGGAGUCAAGCAUAGAAUCUAAAUUUUACAGGCCAUUACAAGUCUCAUGAAAUCUCCCGAUCUAAUAACACCUGGACAUCCAACGACGGUUUCCUCCCAAAUGCACUGAAGAUACUUCUAAGAGGCUAUUCAGAGUUCUUUUAGAUCUCUAGAAAUGCAUUCUAACUGGCGCUAUAAAAUUUGUAUCUGUUCGGUUAUACUAGGGCAACUUGAGUCUUUUUUGAGGCCUCAGUAGUAGCCUGAGUAUCAAGCGUUUCUGGGGAAAAGGGGAAAGAUGGAAGCGAAAAAAGGAGAGAGCUUCUCCCCCUCCCCCAUCUCAAAUCUCCUCUCCCCUAGCCACUUAGGAAGGCCUGAUACUCAGGCUACCUCAGUAGUUUUUGAUUUUCCCGAAAUUUUAAGAUGUAGUUUUAUAUACUUUUUGAAAGUGAAAAUUUGUCUAUUCCUCUCUCCAUCGCAUUUUCGAAUCCUUAAGUUUUAGGUUUUCUUUUUCUACUAAAAAUAGCCUAACCUGGGGAGUGAAAGCGAAAAAUUAAACUAGAAAAUCGUAGGGGAUUUUUUCCAGCAGAUAAGUUUUAAAAAUUGUACAUGAAUGGAACGAUCAUCUAGAAAUUUUUAGCCCUCCUCAAGUAAUAGAAAAUUCUAGGCAAUAUUUUAUUCUCCAAACAGACAUUUUACAGAAAACAGUCGUUGGGUGCCUCUGAUAACAUCUCUCAAAAAUAAUGCUUCUUCAAAAUACAAGUUCGAAGAAGCCUAUACUGCCUCAGCAAAAUUUUUUUAGAUCAGGAAAGGCUUAGAAAUUUCAGUUUAAUCGACGGUUCAUCCAUUUGAGUUUCACAAUUUUUUUUCGAUUAUCUUCCGUGCGAUUUUCGAAAGAUGCGUUUUCAGAUCAUUUUAACACCUGAUCUGGCUAUUUUUUGGAAGAAAGUACCGUAUCUAUUCGAAUAAGCGCCCAACCUCGAAUUAGCGCCCACCUCGAAUAAGCGCCCAUCCUGAAGGCAGAAAAAUUGAAUAAGCGCCCAGCCUCGAAUUAGCGCCCACCCCACCCCGCCUCCCACCCCCUCAAACUCAAACUCAAAUAAGCGCCCACCCCCACCCCACUCCCUUUCUGGUCCCUCCCACCCAAAAAACAUUAAAUAAGUACUUGCUCGAAGGCGGAGUUUUCUUUAGAGUAUUUUACAGAAACCUUGCUAUGUUACAUCUUCGAGAUUUAUUAUUACCAUUUAUUGUAUUGUUGCAAAAUGAACAUACUACACUUGCUGAAAAUGGUGAAAAUUUAAAAAGCGCCCAGCCUCGAAUAAGCGCCCACCUCGAAUAAGUGCCCACUCUCAAGGUCCAAAAAUUUAAUAAGCUCCCAGGGCGGUUAAUCGAAUAAAUACGGUACUCCUAAAAUUUUCGGUUUGGAAAAAAGGGACGUUAAACGCUAUCCAAAAAUCUUUAGUUUUAUUUUUCACUUACUGUGAAAGAUAUAAUCAUGAGUUUGUUAAGGCAAAGAGAUUCUCUUUUUUCUUUUUGUCGUAGUGAAUAUGUGUUCGACCAUCGUGUUUGCUAUUUCCCUCUUUGCUAUCUCGUCCGCCAUGGGUGAACCUAUUCGCCUGGAUUUGUUACGCCGAGGUGGCACUGGUGACGCUGAGGCUUUCCAAGAGAUUUGCGAUUGUCUUGGCGAUGGAUACGUGGCUGGUGCUGAUGAAGUAGCGCUUAGGCCACCGGGAACAGAAGCAGAAAGAGCAGACAGUGUGUGUACUUUUUUAGGGGUAAGUGACAUACCCACAGUUAUCUUCUCAGCGUGGAAUUAGUUUGUUAUAAAUACUGCAUGUUAAACGGGCGGUGCCGCGGUAGCGACUAGCUCGUUAGUGCACCUAUAAACUAUAAAAAAAAAAAAAUGAUGAAUGCCACCUGUUUUCAGAACCACAAAUCCAUCUUACUUCUUUUUGAUUAUGUUCUCUUUUUUGUAGAAAUUCCACGAAUGCCUUGUGGGGAAAAUUGAAAAUUCACCGGGACCAGUUAAGAAGAUUAUGUACCUUUCCGCAGCUUAUGAAUACCAGCACCUUUAUAUCGCUCAACAAGUCGGCUUGUGUUCAAAUGUACCGAUUAUGCCGAUAAAAACCAUCGCAGAAAACUCAGGUAUGACCGUUCGAAAGCCCACACCGUCUAAGACAGACAGGCGCUCUGGGAGCGAGAUAAGAGACCUUCAAAUUCUACUUCGAUUCUACUGACUGCGAGGAGUAAUACUAAAAAAACCGCGCGCGUGAAUCAGCGACGUUUUGGCCGGAAAACUUGAUAGUCAUCAUUCUACUACAGCUUUUAGCGAAAAUGUCGUAGUGACGGAGACAAGUUAUCAAAUAAAGGAAUAUUUAUCAUUUUGAGAUAGGAAGAGGGCUUUAAUUCUUUCAAUAAAAUAACCAUGUUUUUUUUUCUGGCGAACAAAAGUUUCCGGGGUGUCAAUUUUUGGAAAAAUUUGGAGAAAAACUUUAAGUGGAAUGUCGUCCUCGUGUUGUCCUCUUCCUUCAAUCUGAAGAUCUCUAAGUUAAUGUAUCGGUCAAAUCGAACCUUCAACAUGCCCCCCCCGGGCAACCCCCCGGGCAUUUGACUUUUUUGAAAAUUAUUGUUCAAAUUCCCUCCUACCAGGGCCAAAAUACCGUUCAAAUGCCCCACACCAGGAUCCAUUCAGGUGAUCAAAUGCCCCACCGCGGGGACAUUUCAAAGGCCCAAAAAUGACAGAAAGACGGUGGAAAUGCUUUCAGUUGUCGAACAAAAUCUUUAGAAAUAUAACAAAAUCUGAGGAACACUGUUAGCGUAUUUACUACGAACAGAAGUCUCGUGCAAAGUGGCGGAAAUCGCUGCUACAAGGUAACUGAAUGGUCAGCUUUUUUUCGUCAUGCAACAUACAAAGCGUUCUAUAAAAAAAGAUCCCACCCAUUGAGAUUACUACAUGACAUGCAUCAUCGCUCACCUUAUUAAUUAACAUACUUGCAGUAGGUCAAAGUAGUUGACCUGAGCUUUUUAUUUUAUUUUAUGUUGUUGUAUUGAAUCGCCGUUAUAGGUAUUGUUUUUCAUUGUAAACACAACAAUAAAAUACAGUCAUACAUUCAAAGCCUGAAUCCAAUAUAAAAAAUUUUAAAAUUUAAAUACUUCAAAUACGGCACAAAGCAUGUUUAAGCCCUUUCCUCGUAACCAACUGGCCACAAAGGCACAAUCUUUUCCACGAAAAUCCUCUAACACCGCGUCCCCCAUGAUAGCUCGCCACGCCAAAGAUUUUACAUGAAAUCGAGGGUGCAGUUCAAAUCCCCCACCCCUAAAGCAUGGGGAUCAAAUUCCCCACCCCCUGGAAGACUCUGAUAAUCAAAUUCCCUCCUCCCCGGGACGGCAAAGGUGUCAAAUGCCCGGGGUAUGCCCGGGGGGGCAUGUUGAAGCUUCGAUUUGACCGAUACAUAAGAAGAGUUAAACGGCGAACGGGACUUUGUAUCACGUGACCCAUUUUUCUCUCUAAUAGUUAAUGUUCAUUAUAUCUACGCAAAAUAUAAAGCAGUUUUGUGUCAGGUUCACCUAUAACGACUAGUUUGGUCUGUUUUAACCUGCCUUUUCCUAAUAAGAGAAACUGUUAACUUGAAUCUCUCGUUUACCUUUUCAAACGUGAAUCUAAACUUCUCUAUUGAAUCGCUCCCACGCAAAGCGCGCCCGUUCGGUCUUGCCGAUAGGGGGAAAACUGUAAUGUACACACAUUAAAUUUCGUUUGAGUGGUUAAACUUCUCAACUUUUUCACAGCUAUAAAAUGCAUCUGUUAGCUAUUUUGAGCCGUUUUUCAGACUGAAAUGACAGCUUUUCCUAUAUAUAUUCCUUCAAGUAGUGAAAUGCCUACCCUUUCAUAAACCUGAAGUCGAAAGAUGGUUGGAGGAGUAGCUGAUAGAAACGUUGUAGUGCGUACUUGAUGAAUGGACAUGACAUUUUUCAUUUUUUUCACUUUGAACUGUAGGUAUUAUGGAACAAGGUGGCUGGAAGAAAAUUGGUAUGUACGCUGAUACCUACUUCCCUUAAGGAAUUUUUGACCUUUUAACGGCCAAUUCCAUCAUUGCUAUCAUGAUCAAGCCAUGAGUCAUAUACGUAAUAUAUACUCUAAAUAAAGUUUAAAUAAGACGACAUAUAUUUUUAAAUAGUCUUAGAAAGAACGGAGUUUGAUCCCUGCUAGUACAAUCGAUAGAGUCGAUAAUCGAUAAAAAUCGAUAACUAUCGAUAAACUCGAUCGAUUUAAUUGAAAAUUGAUAAGAAUCGAUGGAGGAAAAAUUUGUUGCUUAUCGAUAACUAUCGAUUCUAAUCGAUUCUUAUCAAAGUUAUGGAUUUUCAUUUUUUUUUCUUAAAUUUCCAUGUAUUUUAGCGAUAACAUUGGGAAAGAACCUUGUUUUCAGGAACAAAAGUACAUUAUGUGGCUUUGGACGGAUAAAUUUAUGGCGAAUUACAAUCAAUAUUCUCACGAAACGUUGUCGGCCGAUCAACACGGCGUUAAUGGUCGGUUUUCGCUUCCGCCUAUAAAUCUCAUUGGGCUCUUUCGGGGAAAGGGAGGGGAGGAGAAGUGGGAUGCGGGUUAGGGAAAGAAAACGGUGGCGGAUAGAGGUUAAAGACGCCUCGGAAUGCGAGAUCGGGGACCCACAUUCCAGACCCACAGGUAAACGGCGACAGAUUUUCGCAGGGGAACCCAGCGACUGUUUUCUGUAAAGCAUCUGCUCGAAGAAGCAAAUAUUUCCUAGACUAGCAGUAAUCGUAGAUACGUUUAUGACGCAAACGUACUAUUGUGACGUUUCAAAAUGGCGCAUAGCACGCUCGGCUUGCUGCAUGCCGAUUGUGACGUUUCAAGAUGGCGCAGAUUUAGAACUGACACACCGACAACCUCUUUUCUCGAUUUCUCGCGCUUCGAACAUGCACAGGCCACCCACGAACACACAGAACAGCCAACGACUCAAUUAGAAAGCGUUUCAUUCGUCGACGCAAAUACUCUCUUGCUUGAGAACGGCUAAGAAAUUCUAGAUGACGUACCGUUCCAUUCAUGUACUAUUUUUGAAGCUUAUCUAAUCAAUUCCAUACCAUUUUCUGAAGUUUAAUUUUUCAUAUUUCACUCCCCAGGAAAGGCUAUUUUUCGCAGUAAACCCAAAAUUUUUGGAUUCGAAAAUGCCAUGGAGAGAGGAGUCAGAAAAAUUUUCACUUUCGCUUUCAACGUUAAAUUGCAUCUAAAAUUUUCGGAAAAAUCAUACUGAAGCCCUUGUAAUUUUGAAACGGCUCAAGUUGCCCUAGGAUGACCGAACAGACACAAAUUCCGGGCGCCUUGAAAUGCUUUUCUACAGAUCUAAAAGUACUCUAGAUAGCCUAAAAAGUGCAGGUUUUUAACGUAUUUACAGGUAAACUGUCGUUGGGUGCCCCUGUUUUCGGGUCGGUUAAUUAUCGGGACUUUCGAGAAACGGGCCCCAGAUCCAAAAGAUAGACGGAAAUCGAACCUACCUCAGGACAGAUUUUCACAUGUUUUUCAACAGACGGUAAACCUGAAAAGUGCGUGGCAGAUCGCAUGCGACACUGCUUCAGCAAUAUGGAGCUAUCCUUCGAGGGACAGAACAACAAAGUGAACCCAAGCUUCCAAUACCUCGAGUGCUAUGAAGCCGAAGUUCCUGAGCCAGCGUGUGAUCCCCCUUCGAAGAUAUUGGAGGCUUUUGAGUACAACGGUCGUAAAAUUGUGAAAGUCGAGUGGGACCGAAUUCAGGGUCGUAAAUAGAGAUAGUUUAGGGGCUUAAAUUCAUGUAGUGAUCGUGUCGUUUAAUUUAGAAAAGUAAUAGAUUUGUAUAAUCAACUCUUGGUUGAUACAACAAAUUAAAAACCUUACUUGGUAUUCUAAGACAGUCGCCAUAAGCUAAGCCUCGCAUCCAUUCUUUGUGUCAUGAUGACCCAAACAACGGUUGUGAAGUUGUUAGUUUUCUUCAAAGUUAAAAUGUCCAAGUGCAGCAAGAGAGAAACGGCUGCAAGCAGCCCGACAACGAAGCCCUGAAAAGCGCUCGCCUGAAAAGUGUAUUUGCUCCGCCUCGCGAACUUGGAAUAAAUCUUUUUUGUUUAAGGUCUCUUUCUGUUAUAUCAACUCUGAGAUGAUUGUAUGAAAUACAACAGUAGUUUUUUUUAGCCUUUAGUAAUAUCUUGUAAGAGAUACGUUGACUUGUAGCAUCAUUGAAAAGCCCGCCAUAACUGUAAACAUGAAUUGUAAUCGUUUUAAAGGGAUAAGGUGACACUUUUACGGGUUGUGCUUGUUAUAGGUAUAAAUUGGGGAUAAUAAAGUGAGUAAUGUGC